AUGGGAAAGAAAAAGGGGAACAAGAAAGAGGAGGACGAUCCUUUCGCAGACUUGGGCGAAAACAUUGCGCAGAACAAUGCUGAGUAUGCGCCCAAUGAUGCAGAAGAUGCUGUAGAUGACGACAGCAAAAUGUACGCACACGCUAAAGCUUAUCGCAGCAACGAAGCCGAGCUGAUGGGCGCUGAGGAUGCCAAAGACGAUGCCAAAGACGAUGCCAAAGCUGUGGCGGAUGAUAUACCGGAGCCAUCAAAGGUGUGUAUACUGGCUCAGAGCUCACAGCAGCUAUUGACAAAGAAGGAGAAAGAGCGGCUCAAGAAGGAAAAGGAAAAGGCAAAGAAGAAGGCGCAAGCGCAAACUAAGAAGACCGCGGAGGACGUCUCGCAUGCUCCGGCGCCAAGUGACCAGCAGGCGACUCCUGCUGCACCCGCGGAAGACGAGCAGGAGAGUGACGAUGGCGACACUGCUGCAUCCGCUGCGGAUAAGAAGAAGAAGAAGAAGAAGAAGAAGGUUGCUGAGCCUCCUGCAGCACCCAAGAAGGCGCCUUCAGCCGCUGUGGCUGCACUCCAGGCCCGCAUUGCCGCGCAGAAAAAGGCAGACGAAGAGGCGCGUGCGGCCGAGGAGGAAGAACGCAAGCGUAUCGAGGAACAGGAGCGAAAGGAGCGCGAAGAAGAAGAGCUGAAGGAGAAUGAACGACUGCGUCGCAAGGAGAAGGAGAAGGCAAAGCGCGAGCAGCUCAAGCGCGAGGGCAAACUGCUCACACCGAAACAAAAGGCCGAGCAGAAGGCUGCAGAGGCGCGUAAAGCGGCAUUGCUUGCCAGCGGGAACAUUACGGUGGCUGGUAUGAGUGACGCGGGCACGGGCGAAAAACGGUCUGGGCGCGUAGUCUAUGAUAAGAAGAAGAGGAAAGGAGCACCGAAACCUGCUGAGCCCAAGGAUGCUAAGGAGACGCCCCAGGAGGAGCCCAAGGAGGAGCUCAAGGAGGAGCCCAAGGAGGAGCCCAAGGAGGAGCCCAAGGAGGAGCCCAAGGAGGAGCCCAAGGAGGAGCCCAAGGAGCUUCAGCACACAGAAGAAUUUCAAGACGAUGUCAAAGACGAUUGGGACGCAGAGUCAGACCAAGAGUCUGAGCCCUCGCAGCCGCCAAAGAAUGCAUCUGUGCCAGAAAACGUCGACGAUGGCUCCGACGACGGCUCCGACGACGGCUCCGACGACGGCUCCGAUGAUCACGAUGAGCUUACCAGCACCCAGCGCCAGGCCGCAGAACGCCGCGCCACAGCCGAAAAACAACGCAAAGACCGCAUGGAGACUGCGCUGGCCGCACGUAGCAAAGACAACCUUCGCAGCCCCAUUUGCUGUAUCUUGGGCCACGUCGAUACCGGCAAGACGAAGCUGCUAGACAAGGUGCGCCAAACCAACGUGCAGGAUGGCGAAGCAGGUGGUAUCACACAGCAAAUCGGCGCCACGUAUUUCCCUAUUGAUGCGCUGAAAGAAAAAACCUUGGUCCUGAACAAUAGCGACUUUGACUACAAGGUCCCUGGCCUGCUCAUCAUCGAUACGCCCGGUCACGAAUCGUUUACCAACCUUCGUUCGCGCGGCUCGUCCUUGUGCAAUAUUGCCAUUCUUGUCGUGGAUAUCAUGCACGGUCUCGAACCGCAGACGCUGGAGAGUAUCCGUCUGUUGCGCGACCGAAAGACGCCGUUCAUUGUUGCGCUGAACAAGGUGGACCGUUUGUACGACUGGAAAGCCACGCCGAACAAUGCAUUCCAAGCGAGUCUCGCGCAGCAAAGCAAGAGCACGCAGAGCGAGUUUAUGGAGCGUUUGGAAAAAACUAAACUGGCAUUUGCCGAGCAAGGCCUUAAUGCCGAGCUUUACUACAACAACAAAAAUUUGGGCCGCUACGUCUCCCUCGUACCGACCAGUGCGCAUACGGGUGAAGGUGUGCCGGACAUGCUCCAACUGCUCGUCUCGCUCACCCAGGACCGUAUGAGCGACAGUCUCAUGUAUCUUACCGAGCUGGAGUGCACGGUACUGGAAGUCAAGGUCCUUGAAGGUCUUGGCACCACGAUUGACGUUGUGCUUUCCAACGGUAUUCUCCACGAGGGCGACAAGAUUGUCGUUACUGGGCUUAACGGCCCGAUUGUGACACAAAUCCGUGCGCUGCUCACGCCCCAGCCGAUGAAGGAACUGCGUGUAAAGGGCGCGUAUGUGCACCACAAAGAAGUCAAGGCCGCGUUGGGUGUCAAGAUCAGUGCGCCUGAUCUGGACAAGGCCGUCGCUGGCUCGCGCCUGCUGGUCUGCCAGCCCGGCGACGACGAAGAGACGUUGAAGGAAGAGGUGAUGAGCGAUCUGACCUCUUUGCUCAACUCGGUAGACAAGUCGGGCCGCGGCGUCUGUGUCCAGGCGUCCACGCUUGGCUCGCUGGAAGCACUGCUCGAGUUCUUGAAGCAGUCCAAGAUCCCCGUCUCUGGCAUUAACAUCGGCCCUGUUUACAAGAAAGAUGUCAUGCGCUGUGCCACGAUGCUGGAAAAAGCAAAGGAACUUGCGUGCAUUUUGUGUUUCGAUGUGCCUGUGGACAAGGAGGCCGAUCGUCUUGCCGGGGAACUCGGUGUGCGUCUCUUUACAGCCGACAUUAUCUACCAUCUGUUCGACAGCUUCACAAAGUACAGCACAGAGAUUGCCGAGUCGAAGAAGAAGGAUGCUGCAGUUAUGGCUGUGUGGCCUUGCCGCCUGCACACCAUUGCCGCCUUUGCAAAACGCGAUCCUAUUAUCCUUGGGUGCGACAUUUUGGACGGUUCGCUCCGUAUCGGCACGCCGCUCUGUGUGGUCCAUUCGGAUCCAACUACGAAGAAGAAGGAAGUAGUUUCUAUCGGCCGCGUCACUUCUCUCGAGAUUAAUCACAAGCCACGCGAUGUUGUGCAAAAGAAGGACGUAGGCGCAGGUGUUGCUGUCCGGAUUGAGCCCAGCCUCAACGAGGCGCCCAAGAUGUUUGGCCGUCACUUGGACGAGAAGGACGAAAUCUACUCACUAAUCAGUCGCCAAUCCAUUGAUGCGCUCAAGUAUGUAUUCUAUAUAUGA